AUGGCGGCGUCUCCGUCUUCUUCCCCUGCCGCCGCCGGAGUUGGUGGCCAGAGCCUGACCCCCUUAGCGCCGUCUCCCCACCUCACCAACUUCUUCGUGUGGAGGGAAUUUGUCUGGGGAGGAAUUGCAGGCGCAUUUGGGGAAGGCAUGAUGCAUCCAGUUGACACUCUGAAAACAAGGCUUCAGAGUCAGGCUAUAAUGACAGGGGCUAAGGCUCAGAAGAAUAUAUUCCAGAUGGUCAGGACAGUUUGGGCUUCUGAUGGUCUAAGAGGUUUUUACAGAGGAAUCAGCCCAGGUGUUACUGGAUCUCUUGCGACUGGCGCUACAUACUUUGGUGUUAUUGAAUCAACUAAGACAUGGUUGGAGAUUGCUAAUCCUAAUCUAAGUGGACACUGGUCACAUUUUAUUGCUGGAGCGAUUGGUGAUACACUUGGAUCCUUUGUCUAUGUGCCUUGCGAAGUCAUGAAACAAAGAAUGCAAGUCCAAGGCACCCAAAAAUCUUGGGCAUCAGCUGUAGCUAAAGGAAGUAUUUCUCAAACUCAUGGGACUCAGAUGUAUGGGUACUACAAUGGAAUGUUCCACGCUGGCUGUUCUAUCUGGAGAGAUCAUGGCUUGAAGGGGCUUUAUGCAGGAUACUGGUCUACUCUUGCCAGAGAUGUCCCUUUUGCUGGUCUAAUGGUCACUUUCUAUGAAGCAAUGAAAGAGAUGACUGAGUAUGGGAAAACGAAGUAUUUGCCACACAGUGAUUUGGAUAUCAGCAACUCCUUUGAAGGACUUGUUCGAGGAGGAUUGGCAGGCGGCUGUAGUGCAUACUUGACUACCCCCUUGGAUGUGAUCAAGACAAGACUGCAAGUACAAGGAUCAACGUCUAAGUACAAUGGGUGGCUGGAUGCUAUAACAAAGACGUGGGCUUCCGAGGGGGUGCGCGGCUUGUUCAAGGGAAGUGUUCCAAGAAUAAUAUGGUAUAUCCCGGCAUCAGCAUUCACAUUCAUGGCAGUGGAAUUCCUAAGGGAUCAUUUCAACGACAAGGUUGAUGCCGAUGCCCAUGAACUAACCUCCCUGUCAAUCGACACAAGAUCAGAAGUUGAGAAAUCAGCUUAA